UUCUCCGCAGAGCAAAAGGUUGAGCGGUGGGGAAAGGGGAGGGGGGGGUCCCGCUCUGCCAAAAUUGUUUCUUUUUUUACCUUCCGAAGCUUGUCGCGCUUACCGGACCGGAUCUCGUUCGGUGGAAGUGAGGAAAUGAAGCGACAAUUAUAACGUUACCUCGCCGGCGGCGAGCUCCGGUUGUGGGCCGGUCGGUUACGUUACCGAGUUCCGACCUGACCAUUUUCCCUCGGGAGGGGGACAGAAAGGGGAUGUCUGAGGAGGCCGUCCGCCAGACACGCAGCCAGAAGAGGGCACUGGAGAGGGAUGCGCCACCACAGACUUCAGAACCUUCCAGUUCUGACAAUGAAAGCAAAAAGCUUAAACUGGAGCAAUCUGAACCCACAGCCCAGGAGGAAAAUACACCUAGACCUGACCCAGAACUACAACGGGAUGGUCAGAAUCUGACUGAGACUGGAUCAAAUGAGGAACCGAGGCAGUUACCGCUACCUUUGGAAUCUCAGCCAGUGAAGGACGAGGCCGUUUGUCAAGGGAGCUCGAACAAUCAAACUGGAUGCAAUGACAGAGCUCGCAAGGAGCUGAAGGCGGAGAAGAACGUGGAUACAAUGAGCCGCUUUCAGCCCUCAGAACCAAAAGUGUCCGGUGGAAUGUUGGCUGCCGGCGAGGUAAAGGCAACCAUCAAGGUGGAGGUCCAGACUGGAGAGCAGCCCGUGGACAUGAGCACCUCCAAAGGUAUAAAAAGUGAGAAGUGGCCUCCAUCCCCCGAAGAGGAGGAGGAGGAGGAUGAUGAUGAUGAUGAUGAUGAUGAUGUCAUCAUCUUGUCAGAUAACGACUCUCCAAGUCCACCUAUGAAUGGUCUGAACCACUUGAAGGAGCUGGAUACAGACCUCCUCAUGAAGAGCAGCCCAGCCGAGCGGGAGCGCAUCAUUAGGCAGCUGAAAGAGGAGCUGAGGCUGGAGGAGGCCAAGCUGGUGUUGCUGAAGAAACUGCGACAGAGCCAGUUGCAGAGGGACACUCUUCAGAAGGCUUCAGGGGUGUCCAGCUCCUCCGCUCCCCCUCCUCUAAUACGCGGGUCCAUUGGAAGCAGCAAAGGCUCACAGCAGAUUGUGACUGGUAGAAGUUCAGGCACGGUCAUACCCCCGCCUUUGGUGCGUGGAGGGCAGCAGGUGUCAUCUAAACAUGGCUCCCAGAUCAUCAUGCCGCCUCUAGUCAGAGGAGCACAGCAAAUCCAGGCUCUCCGCCAGCAGCAGCAACAGCAGCAGUUGGCAGCCUCUGGAGGUGGUGGCUCAGGGCCCCCUCCCCUGCUGUUGGGCGCCAGGACCUCAGCCCCUGCUGGCCAGGGUCAGAGAAACAUGGUGCAGACAGGCCUCAUCAGAAUAGGAAGUACUGCAAACUCACUGGGCUCAUCCACUUUGAAGAUUUCUUCCUCAGGAAGCGGCGUCGUAUCUCUGGUGGGCACCAAUGAUAGUCCAGCCAGCCGUCAAGCCGCGGCCAAACUCGCUCUGCGGAAACAACUCGAGAAGACGCUCCUGGAGAUCCCGCCUCCAAAACCCCCUGCGCCGGAGUUUAACUUCCUGCCCUCGGCAGCCAAUAAUGAGUUCAUCUACCUGGUGGGACUUGAGGAAGUAGUCCAGAACCUGCUAGAUACUAUUCACAGAGGAAAGACGGGGGUAGCUCCAUCCAAACCCACCGUCAAAGACCCCAACAUGUGCACCCAGUGCAACACUGACUUCACGUGCAGGUGGAGGCAGGACAAGGCCAAAGGCGGCACCGUCCUCUGCGAAGACUGCAUGUCAUCCAAUCAGAAGAAGGCUCUGAAAGCCGAACACACCAAUAGGCUGAAAGCGGCGUUCGUCAAAGCGCUGCAGCAAGAGCAGGAAAUCGAGCAGCGCAUCAUUCAGCAGUCGUCUUCAUCCAUCUCUCACGGCAGCUCGUCGUCCUCUUCGUCGCUGAAGGCGGAGCAGCUGGUGUCACAGCAGCUGAAGCACGCCCGUGCUUCCUCUCUGCACCGAGGGGCCAACGUCAUCCACCACCACUCCAUCAAGAGCACCUCGAGCCAGCUAUCCCACAGCGGCGUUAGGGGCGUCCCCCACUCCUUCUCCUCCUCCUCCCAGCUGCAGAGCGCCGUGGCGGCCGCCGCUUUGGUCAGCCGGCCAGGUAAGCACGAGCACGUGACCCAGCGCUCUGUCCAGAUUUCAAAGGUGAGCAGCAGCGGAGUCGGCAGCAGCAGGAAUAUGAGCGGGGGUAGUGCCUCAUCCACUGCAUGGAAGAAGCAGAGCAACAGCAACAAAGGUGUGACAAUGGCAUACGUGAACCCUAGCCUGAGCGGACACAAGACCUCAGCUAGUGUGGACGCACGCCAGAGGGAGUACCUGUUGGACAUGAUCCCCUCUCGCUCGUCUAUCUCGCAGACUGCAAACACAUGGAAAUAGCAAUGAAAACAAAAUAAACCAACCCUCAGCCAGCUCUACCCCUUCUUAGCUUUUUCCAAUAUCAUGGGCAACAGCGCUCCCAGGAGGACUGUUUUGGGAAAUACAAUUUCUAAAAAGUGAAGAAACGUUUCCUUUUCGUGUAUUUUGUAUGAUUUACUUCUUUUCUGUUAGUUUUAAGGUUUGCUGUCCCUCAUAUAGUUUUGAUUUGACAGGGGUGACCAAAAACGCAAAUGCACGAGACUUGGUACUUUUUCCCUCCUGUCUGGGUAGGGGAUUAGUUUUGCAUCAAACUGACACAUGAUUGACACUUGAAUGUUUGUCAUGCUCACCCCAAGAAAAUUACACCGGAUAAGAGUUGUAAAUGUUUCAUUAUAUUCAUCCCUGGAGUUAAAAUUGAAUUUAUUUUGUAUUUACAGUAAGUUAUUUUUGUUGUUCUUUUUUGAGACUUUUUUUUAACUUUCUAUUUUGUGGUUUUCACAACUGAAGUGUUUGUUUUUGCUUUCUUUUUUUUUCAGUUUAACAGCAUGAUUACAUUUAACACCUAAUGUUCAUUUGCACCUUAGCUAACAAUGCAUGGUGUUGACGCUCAAGUCAUAUGUAAUUACCAUCUGUAAUGUAAUUUGCUUAUUUUAUAUUCAUGUCAACAUCAUUUUAAUUUGAGUGUUACAUCUUCACUGAGAAAAUUCAAACUCCGACGAGCUGAAUUUGUCCACCCUGGAACCAGAGACCAUGAUCCAUAGUUUGUAAUUGGAAUACGGUAUCUCCCACUGUGAACCCAGAAAGCACAAGCCGAUUACGGUAUUUGCUUUUUUUUUUUUAUCCUGCAACAUCACACCAAAUUGCAUAUUUUCCCUGCUACCAAACCUAGAUUGCAUUGUGCAAAUUGUUAAAAAAACAUUGGUUUAACUUUUUCCUAGCUUCUAAAUAAAUAAAGAGAUACAAUUAAAA